AUGGCCGUGUCCAAUAAGACGAAACGCAGACAAAAGCUCAAGAAAGCUUCAAAAUCCGAGAAAAAUGGUGAUUCAAGACAGGAUUUGCUAGAACUUGUUGGUCAAGUUAAGGCCAAGAGAAAUCACACUAAUGCAGCUUCCAGCGUUACUGUGGCUAAUGGAGCUAAACAAGAUGCCAUCCUUGGAUCUGGCGCGGAGGCUGAGCAUUUCAAAUCGGUGUUUGCUAAGUUUCAGCCUGCACAGAACACUGAAGAUGAUAAAAGUGCGUCUUCCACUAAUGCUGCUAGCGUUCAAGCUAGGAGGGUUUUCGAAACGGACGGACCUGAUCUCGAUCAAAGUAACUCAGUAGAGGCAACUUGGCCCUCAGAAAAAUCGCCACAGCUUUCUAAACGUAAACAACGCCGUCUGGCCAAAGUCUCAUUGGCAGAGCUGAAAUCCAAGGUUUUAUUUCCGGAGCUCAUCCAGUGGUACGACUGCGACGCUGUAGAUCCAAUGCUAUUAGCUCAAAUCAAGUCCUCCAAAAAUGUCGUGCAAGUACCGAAUCACUGGCAACUGAAGAGGGAGUUCUUAUCAGGAAGAUCUUUAACCGCUAAGAAACCGUUUGAGCUGCCUUCAAUCAUUCGUCAAACGAGCAUAGAAGAAAUGCGCAACACUUUGCCAACCCAAGGCGCCACAGAUGAGCAGUCUUUGAAAGAGAACGCAAGGGCUAGAAUACGACCAAAGCUGGGUAGCUUGGACCUGGACUAUCGUAAACUUCAUGACGCCUUUUUCAAAAUCGGAAGACACUGGAAGCCAGAUUUCAUGCUGCCUUAUGGUGACUUGUUUUAUGAGAAUCGCAACCUGCUAGAAGAAAGCAGAUGGAAGCAAAUGGAGAAAGAUUUACGACCGGGGAAAUUAAGUAAAGAAUUGAGAAUCGCUAUGGGUUUACCAGAGGGCAAGCUCCCGCCUUGGUGUGCAAAAUUCGGUGAGCUCGGCAUGCCACCCUCAUAUCCUGACUACAAUGUUGCUAGUGUGAAUUGGGAUAUAACAAAUCUUCAUGGUGACACAUACGGAGUGUUGGGUGCGGAGCAAAAAACCAAAUCAGAGCCUCCAUUAUUUGGGCAAAUGGUCCAACUGGAUGAGAGUGAUGAGCAGACACAGGAAAGUGAGGUUGCUCCCGCGCAACUUCCCGAUGUUGAUGAAAAGGAUGGCAGGAACAAUUCUUUGCCAGAAAGGUCUCAGGAAAGGGACAAAAAAAUAGAAGAUGAGGUACGCGCUAAGGCGAUGAAAGAGGUGCUCAAGAGAAGAAAUCAAGAAAAAGCUUCACGUGGAGGUCAAGAGAAACGAAGAAAACUAUAUUCUGUUAUACAGCAGAAGGACAAUUCGUCGGAAUCUGAGCUAGCGGGUAAAAGCAUUGCAUAUGAUUUAGAAAACUCGAAACAGGGACUAAUAUCUUCUAGGGCUGGCGUCCAAAACCAAAAGGCUGGCCAGUUGCCAAACGAGCAGGACGCGACCGACCAGGAAGAACAGCAAAAUUUCAAGUUUUGA